CCCCACAAUUCACUUCCCUAAACCCCUUCCAAGUCCUUUCACCAUCUUCCCAAUUCAUUGGCACUUCUCCUUAUCCUUCCCCUUCUCCACCCUACCGGUGUACCCGUUUAUUAUUGUGCAUACCGUGUUUCUUCUAACAUUAGUACUGUUGCCUAAAAAAGACGUCAAAAAUGUGUUCUUCCAAGUCUAAAACACUGCAAGGCAGCAGCGGCGCUGCUGAAACAAUGGUGUCUCACAUCAAUGGCCGGCCGGUGCUGCAGCCGGCCUGCAACCGGGUGUCUCUCUUGGAAAGGCGAAAUCCGGCAAAGAAGCCCUCCCAGAAAGCUUCUCCUCCUGCGCUGCAGCCCUUGUCAUCGCCAGCAAAUAGUACUGUUUCUAAUGGCAAAACUGCCAAGGCUUCUUUAGUGACACCUCCCAUCUCUCCCAAGCUAAAAUCGCCUAGGCCAGCGCCAGUUAAGCGAUGCAAUGACCCGAAUGGCCUGAGUUCGAGUGGCGAAAAGGUCUCGACACCAAGGAAUAAUGCAGCCAAAGGCGCGGCUGCCACGCCGGUGAAGAAGUCCAAGAAAUGUGGUGCAGUUGCAGCUAAUAACUUCAUUGAUACCUCCUCUGCUUUGAAGUUUUCUUCGUCUUGGAUAGUUGAGGCGCCUGGAAGCAUAGCUGCAGCGAGGAGAGAACAGGCAGCCAUUAUGCAGGUGCAGAGAAAGAUGAAAAUUGCUCACUAUGGAAGAGUAAAAUCUGGUAAAUUUGAAGACAAGGUGGUUCCCCUUGACAAUUCUUCAGCCACAAUAUCCGCUGUUCCAGAGGAAAAAAGAUGCAGUUUCAUCACUAGUAAUUCAGAUCCCAUCUUUGUGGCGUACCAUGAUGAAGAAUGGGGAGUUCCAACUCAUGAUGACAAGCUGCUGUUUGAAUUGCUGGUACUGAGUGGAGCCCAAGUUGGAUCAGACUGGACUUCAGUUUUGAAAAAAAGGCAACAAUUCAGGGAAGCCUUUUCGGAAUUCGAUGCGGAAACUGUCUCAAAGUCCACCGAGAAGAAGAUAACUUCAAUCAGCACCGAUUACGCCAUCGAGCUCAGCCAAGUUCGGGGGGUCAUCGACAACGCCAACCGCAUACUUGACAUCAAGAAGCAAUUCGGGUCAUUUGACAAGUAUCUGUGGGGAUUUGUGAAUAACAAGCCGAUUGCCACGCAGUACAAAUCAUGCCAGAAGAUCCCGGUGAAGACCUCAAAAUCGGAGGCCAUGAGCAAGGACAUGGUCCGGCGAGGGUUCCGGUUCGUCGGUCCGACGGCCAUGCACUCCUUCAUGCAAGCGGCCGGCCUCACCAACGGCCACCUGGUCACCUGCCCCCGCCACCAAACCCUAUCCCAGACCAGCUCCACAAAGAUCAUAUAUCCAUUACACAACUAAAGUACUAACAACUAGGAAACAAUAUAUAUAUAUAUAUAUAUUAUAUAUAUAGACACUACCACUCUACUAGCCAAGUAAUUAAUUAACACCAUAAUCAAGCUAGCUAACUGCAUUUUUAAGAUUGUUGGCUGUAAGUGGUUGUUUGGAUUAAUGGGCAGUGAUUGAUUAGUUGUGAAGAAGAAUAAAGUUGGUGUGGGAUUUGGAGCGCAGGGACGUUAGGGGGGACAGAGAGCAUGUGCAGGGUGGGGGGCAAGCCAUGUGUUUUGGUGCAUGGCCUGUGCUUUGCGACCACCACUUGGCCUCCAUUAUUUGCUUUCUCUUUGCUCUUUAACAGCCUGUGAAAGGAUAUUUUCAGAGUACGAGAGGGGGCUUUUUGGCCCUCCUUUUCAUCCUUCAUUUUGGAUAAGCCUAUACAUCCAUCUCAAAUCUCAAUCUGAAGAGGCUUUUAGGGGAGAGCUUUAAUUUCACAGUCCUGUGCUACUAAUUCAUAGUUUUUAGACCUGGGUUUGCAUGUGUAUGUACCUCUCUGUAUCAUAUGCCAUGUGGGUUUUUCUUUUUUCUUUUUUGUGGGUAAUGCUUGUAACUGUGUGAUAGUUUGAAUCAUGAUGAUGAUGAUGGGUUUUGAAUUCCAACUAGUGUUGUGUUUGCUCACCAUAUGUACAAUUGAUACUUUGUAAUUGCCUGUCUUUGGGUUUGGAAUUUAAUUUCAAUGUUAGCUUUACAAGUUAAUAUUUAAGCAUGCAUC